CUCUCUGCACAUACACCACGUGGUAGAGGUGAUGAUGUGAGCGAUGAGGUCUGCCGUCGCGUGCGCGAGCCGCCGGCGGCUUAACCAAUCUGCAAGUGGAACAGUGCACCGUAGCAAAGUCGGACCCGUGCAUCGCAUCCGUUUCCAUCGUCUCCAUCACCAAACCAAAUCGAUCUCUCUCGCCUCUCUCUCUCUCCCUCUCUUCAUCUUAAAAACUCCACCUUGUUCUUCUUCUUCUUCCUUCUAGUCGCCGGGGAGAUCGAAGGAAGGAGGCCAUGGCCGCCAGGAACUUCCGUGCUUGGUCCCCCAAGGAGGACGAAUCCGACGCCGCCGUCCGAGAGGCUGUCACGCUGGGAUUGAGGAAUGCCGCGAUUUCUGGUACCGUGGUUGCGGUUCCCACGUUGGUUGGUUGCCGUGUCCUUCCUUGGGCUAAGGCUAAUCUUAACUACACAGCACAAGCACUCAUUAUAUCAGCAGCAUGUAUCGCUGGCUUCUUCAUCACCGCUGACAAAGCCAUUCUACGGAACGCAAGACAAAACACCAUCGGGAAGAUUGACAGGUCAACCUGAUGGGAACUGUACAGAUGACAAGAGUCGUACUGAUUAUCUAUUUCUCCAAUAGCAGGCGAGGUUGAUGGGAGCAGUAGGAUUCCAUCUCUAUUAUGCCGUUCAUCCAUGGAUGAUUGGAUGUGUUAUGCAAUGAAACCAGCAAUUUUCAGUUUUAUUUAAUCCUUGUGAGUUAUGAAUACCUAACCUCGCAUUUGUAAAGACGUAGAGCCGUUGCCUGCCAGACCAGCGAACCCGGUUUGGUUCCAGUUUGAAGUUGAGUUGAAUAAAAGAUGGAAAUGUAAUGUUCUUUA